AAUUAAAAACUUUUCAAAACUAAAUUAGGAAGGAUAAUGCUUAUUAUUUAAAAAGAAGCAGGAGGGCCAAAUGGCUUUUUCUUUUUUUUUGGAUAGAAAACACUCUAGAUGAAAUUUAGAAUUCAGGAAUAAUAAAAAAGAAAGAAAUCCCAUAUUCUCAUUCUCUCACCAUCACAGCAAACCAGGAGAAAACAAAAACAAAACAAAGGACAGGCCAAAGAAAGGAAAAAAAGAACAAGAAACAAAAACAAAUGUUGAUGAGAAGCCUUCGCUUGCACUCCACUCACAAAACCAUCCUACUGCAUCUCAAGCUUACUUUACUCUUCUUUCUCUUCGUUUCUUUCAGUAGCCAUGGCAACCUUGUCAGAGCUCAUGUCUUUAUCUAUGCAGGAUGUUCUCAAGAAAAGUACCAACCGAGUUCUCCAUUUGAAGGAAACCUCAAUUCCCUUCUUGCAUCAGUUGUAAGCUCAUCUUCUCAAGCAUCUUAUGAUAGCUUUAUUAUUGGAAAUGGAACUUCAGCACCGGCUGAAGCUAGUGUAUUUGGUUUGUAUCAGUGCAGGGGUGAUUUGAAAACUAUAGAUUGUUCAAGGUGCAUACAAAGCACGGUUAAUCAGAUAGGUCUUGUCUGUCCAUACUCUUACGGUGCUGCUUUGCAACUAGAAGGCUGUUAUCUAAGAUAUGAGCAUAAUGAUUUCUUAGGGCAGCUUGAUACAAGUCUGAGAUACAAGAAGUGUAGUAAAAGUGUAAACAACGAUGUUGAGUUCUUUCGGCGAAGAGAUGAUGUUCUUGCUGACUUGCAAACAGGCAUAGGAUUCAAAGUCAGUAGUUCAGGUUUGGUUGAAGGUUAUGCUCAGUGUUUGGGGGAUUUAAACUCAGCUGAUUGCUCUUCCUGCCUCGCCAAUGUCGUCGGAAUGUUGAAGAAUUUAUGCGGAUCUGCUUCGGCUGCGGAUGUUUUCUUGGGGCAGUGUUAUGCUCGGUACUGGGCAUCCGGCUACUAUGAUAUAUCAGUAGAUUCCUCAAACGAGGAUCAAGUGGGAAAAACAGUGGCCAUUAUCGUUGGUGUAGUAGCAGGUCUUGCUGUCCUGAUUGUUCUUCUCUCAUUCUGCCGUAAAUCAAUGGGUUAAGAAGGUAGCGACAGAGUCAUUAUGCAAAUUAGGUCCCAAAUGCUUGUUUCAAUACUCUUUUGACAGAUUUGUACUCUGAUUUUUUCUUUAAAUCCAUUAAAAUAGACAGAGCUUUUGCACCAAUAGAAGUGGGUUUUAUCCUCUGUCACGAUAAAGUCACCACUAAUCUCUACCAACUUCGAUUUCAAA